UCCAUGGCCAGCAUAAAUAAUGUGACUGAGCUAAUUUUCACUGGCCUUUUCCAAGAUCCAGAGGUGCAGAGGGUAUGUUUUGUGGUGUUCCUGCCUGUGUACCUGGCCACAGUGGUGGGCAAUGGUCUCAUUGUUCUGACAGUCAACCUCAGUAAGAGUCUGAAUUCCCCCAUGUACUUCUUCCUGAGCUACCUGUCCCUGGUGGAGAUCGGUUACUCCUCUACUGUUGUCCCUAAAUUCACCACUGACUUGCUAGCUCGAAUCAAAACCAUCUCUCUGGAGGGCUGUCUGACUCAGAUCUUCUUCUUCCACUUCUUUGGGGUCACUGAAAUCCUUUUGCUUGUGGUGAUGGCCUAUGACCGCUACGUGGCCAUCUGCAAACCUCUUCAUUACAUGACCAUCAUAAGCCGUCAGCUGUGUCAUGUACUGGUGGCUACUUCCUGGCUUGGGGGCUUUCUUCACUCCAUAAUUCAAAUUUUCAUCACCAUCCGGUUGCCUUUCUGUGGACCCAAUGUGAUUGAUCACUACUUCUGUGACCUUCAGCCAUUAUUCACGCUUGCCUGCACUGACACCACUGUGGAGGGUGUUCUUGUGCUGGUCAACAGUGGCUUAAUUGCUCUGUGUUCCUUCCUCGUCUUGGUGUCCUCCUACGUUGUCAUCUUGGUCAAUCUGAGGAACCAUUCUGCAGAGGGGAGGCGCAGAGCCCUCUCCACCUGCGCCUCUCACGUCACGGUGGUGCUCUUGUUCUUUGGACCCGCCAUCUUCCUCUACCUGCGGCCCUCCUCCACCUUCACUGAGGACAAGCUGGUGGCUGUGUUCUAUACAGUCAUCACCCCCAUGCUGAACCCCAUCAUCUACACACUCAGAAAUGCUGAGGUGAAAAUCGCCAUGAGGAAGUUGUGGGGCAGGAAGAACCGAGGGAUAGAGUGA